AGCAGGUGCUGAUAAACAAACUCUCCUUCACUGUAUAAGAAGAGAAACCAGGGCUCCACAAAGCAACAUUGACACUGAUCUACUGAACUGGUUUGUGUCACAUAAAUACUGAACCAUGUAAACGUUGUAAUAAUUAUUAGUGUAUAAUUCUGUUUUAAAUCUAGCAGAGUUCCAUUGUUCUUUGAGAAACUAUGGCGGUCUGGACUGUCUAUUUGUCUCUCUGUCUUCUCAUAGCUUUGAGUGCUUCAGAGGAAACGUAUCCUGUUGGAAAUAAACGCUGUAGCGAGUGUAAGGAAGGAUGGGCUUCCUAUGAAUGCAGAUGCUUCAAGUUUUUCAGUAACCUUCAAACGUGGGCUGGAGCCGAGAAAACCUGUUUGGACUAUGAUGGGAACCUUGCUUCUGUACACAGUCAUGAGGAGUACAUGUUUCUACAGAACCUGGUUAGAUACGAAACUCAGGGCGCACCGCGUACCUGGAUCGGAGGCUAUGAUGCUGCUGAGGAGGGACUUUGGUUCUGAAGUGAUGGAACCAGAAUGAACUAUCAAAUAUGGUCGCCAGGACAACCCGAUAACUAUAACAAUGAGCACUGCCUUGAGAUGAACCAUGACAGU